GUGCGGUUUUGGUGGGCCCCUGGACAUAGUGGGGUGGCUGGGAAUGAGCUGGCGGACAGUGCGGCGAGGAGGGCAGCUCAGGGCGACAGUCCUUCUCCGCUUGUGGACAAGUGGUGUAACAAGCGCCAGCUGGAGCGGGAGAUUUGCCAGUGGUACCAAGACACGGCUAGGAGGCAGGAGAGGACCUUGGACGGGACGGUCCUGGACUCCACCGAGGAUGUGGUCUUCCGUUCUCAUCUCCGCUGGACCCGCGCCCUGCCCUCGCGAUACGCUGUGGCAUUGGUUGCGCAGUUCUUGACAGGACACUACCCUACACGCGUCUACUUGGCACGGUUUCGUCUGACGGACUCGCCCUUCUGCGACGAGUGUGGGUGCCCAGACUCCAGGGCGCAUCUCCUUCUUGACUGCACCCGUUUCAGCUACCUUCGAGAGAGCCUCACAUCUUGGCUUCGCGAGGAGUGGAGUGGCCGGACGCGACAGGCUGGGGAGGCUUGCCCGGGGUGGGAGUGGGAUUUCCUAACGGGAUCCAGCUGGGGCCGGCUCUGGCUUUCCCGCUUCCUUUGCGAGACCAGGAGGAGACACAGGCGAUGGGAUGACCUUGAGGCCACGCUGCACCGGGAGCAGGAGGGACGGGCGGCCCUGGGACGAGCUGGGGCGGUCAACGUGGACGCGGAGGAGGACGAGGACAGCAGUGAGGACGAGGAUGUUGAGGAGGCUUGA